UUGAAUUCUGUUAAUAAAUUAGGGAUCCUUGCAGGAUGCAUGGCUUGAUAAUAUUGAAUUUGAUCCAAAAUAUUCUGCAUUAAAAUCUGUACCAACUAAUGAUGUGGAUGAGGGCAUGCCUGACCUUUCUUCUAAAGAUAUUGCCGUCAUGAAGAGGCGGAUUGCAAAUGUUCUUGAACCUGGGGAAACGGUUUUGCAAGCCUUGAGAAGGCUAAAAGGUAACAGUGACAGAAAGGCAAAAAUGUCUGCUGAGACUAAUGUUGUAUUUGACAAGCUAACUGAGGAUACUAUGAAGCUGAUGGAGAAUGGUGAAUACAAUGUUUAUCAUGAAAAGCGAGAGGUUUUUGAUCGUGAAGCGGAAGGAUAUGAGAAGUUAGCCCGGGCAAAAGAAGGCCCAUUAAAUCAACAUUUGGCUAGUGGAGAAGCCUCUAGCACUGGUGAAGGUGAUUAUGAUAUGUUUGCUGACGAGGAUGAUAACAGUUAGCCAUCUAC